AUGCAAGCCACAGUUAAGAAGACAACUGACUCUCACAAAAAGACAGAGAGAAAGACAAAAGACGAGUCUCCAAAAACAUCACAAGAUGACAAAGCAAAAUAUGGUGCAGCCACUCCAAGGAGUUUCGUACAAAAAUCGUCCACAGCAGACAUCUACGGACAAAAGAAAAGAGUACCCUCAGCUUCUGUGAGAGCGCCAAAAAAGUCUCUCACAACUUCCUACACACCAAACAAUGCUUCACCAAUGGCAAAUCUUUUAAAAUCAACGUCAUCAACCAAUCAGAUCAACUCAGAAAAAGCUAAGAAAACAUCCAAAACAGUCGACAAAUCCUCAAGAUUCACCUCGACGCCAAGAAUAAGAGAUUUUAACACCAAUUCUCCAAUAGCGAAACGUAAAUUGAAUAUGGAUAUGAAAAAAGAAAAAAGUUUUACAAAAGAUGUUAAAGAUAUAACUAUAGCAAAGGAAAAGGUUAAGAAUGAAAAGGUAAAGGUAGAGAAAGAUGGAGAAAGACAGAGAACUAAAACUAGAACGUUAGAUGAGAGUGAAGUUAAGAUUUUGACUGGUAUAGAUAAUAAUGUGGAAAUGAUGAAUCUGUCUAAGAAACUCAGUGCUAAACCGAAAGCUUUUUAUGUUGAUUUGGAAGAUGAGAAACCUGCUCCGACUAAAAAACCUCCACCACCGAAAAAGAUACCAAGCGACGAAGAUAUAAGCUACGAAGAUGACUUCGAGAGCUACGAAUCAGACUUUGAUUCCUAUCACAGUUCCUCGGGAGAACAUCAUGAGAGUGGAACUGAUGAGAAGGAGCAGGACGAUGAUGAUGAUGAUGCAGAGGAACCAGUGGAAACAAAGGAAGUUAAGGAUGAAGAGAGUAUGCUGGAUUCUGGUAAUUUUGACCUUCGUGAUCGUUCAGCUAACAAACUGAAGCCAGUAGUGUUAGACUUCAUCCUGGAGACAGCCGAAGGUGGGGAGAAACCCAGUUCCUUGACUGAUGAGGGGUUUCAAGAAAUGAGCAGUUCCAGUGCCGUCUCCAGCAUCAGGACUGUUCAUACUGAUGUUAUUGAGAGACCACUGUUCAUCGAUUUUACGAAAUCAAAAGAAAAUCGAAGGAAGAAACGCAUCGGUGAUUUAUUAAGACAACGUGCGAAGGAUCUGCUAAGCAUUAUAACACUGCAUGAAAUGUCAUAUAGUCUCUUCGAAAUGAAACCAAUUUCUUAUGACCUCUACAUGGCUACAUUUGGUAGAUCGAAUUACACUCAAAUAGCUAUACAAACUUUUGAAGAUGGAAUUACAGAAGAAGUGCAGACAGAUGAAAUAGAAUCAGCUCAUAAAUGGACGCAGCAUCCAGUAGAAUUCACAAAAAAUGAUAUUUGCAUCAAACAAAAAGUUUCAAGUCGAAAAUUUAGCAAAAAUACUGAAGAUUAUUUAACAAAAUUCACGUUUUUAACAACAAAUAAUGUUAACGUUGAACAAAAUAAUGAGAUUAACUUGGAUGAGAAUUACAAAAUGGAUCCUUUACGGAUUUACUUCGAACAAAAAGAUGGCGUCGGUCCCAGCGAAAUGUUGCCCUACGAAACUUAUAAAUCGAAAUUAAAAAACAACGAUUAUAACUCCCACAGAUUAGGCAAGUUUUUAAAAAGAUGCGAGAGUAGAAUUAGUAAUAUUUUGAAUGAGAAUAAUGGCAACACUGAACUGUCACAAUUGAAUAUUUCGAACCUACCUUUCAGUAAAGGUUAUGUGUCUGUUUCAACGAAGAAUAUUACAACUGAAUCAAUAUCAUUUUUGACUAAAACGAAAAUAUCAAAAAUGCAUUUUUCUGAUACGAAUUCGAACUUGCUGAUGACUGUGCAUAGAACGGAUCAAAAUGCUACUUUAAAAAAAUGUACGAUUUGCCUAUGGGACAUCAGUGUUGCCACUCGAGAGCCGCUAAAACUACUCACAGCUAUAGACAACGUGUGUAAGGGAAGAUUAAGAGGAAAUUCUGAUGGGUACUUUGUUGCUGCUCUGGAUGAUGGUUCAGUACAUCUAUGGGAUUUGUCAGAAGAUCCAACAUGGCGGGACGAUGUUGCCAGCGAAACGGAACCUACCAAAUUGGUAGAAAUUAAUGAGAAAGGUCUAACUGAAGUGGAGAAAGAUCGUGAAUGGAAUAACAGAAAUAGGAACAUCGGUUUGGAUAAGCCUUGCAUACAAUGCGCGUUACAGUCGUGUGCCUACACGAACAGCGCGUUCAAUAUGAGCAAUGGAGACGUAACAGAUUAUAUUGUCGGCUUAGAAGUGACUGGUGACGUGCAUUGCAUAAUAAGUCAGGAAGGUGGCCGCAGGAUAUUGGGUCAGGUGGUCGCCCUACAAAGUAUAGGCGUACUGACAAUAUGGUCAAUAGUGCAACAAAAAUCUAAAACGAUACCACCUGAUAUUGGCAAAGCAUUUUGGUCAAAAAUGAAACUUGAAAAACUACAAACUAUUAAUCUAAUGGAACACAUAGACAUUCCAAUUAAUGAACAAAAUGACGAAACGAAACCCGACUUCAAUCUACACGCAGCAAAACGAAGAAUUUUAAACAGAAAACAAGAAAAAACUAUUAUUAAAAAUGUCGUUUCCCGCCCAAAAUCCGCCAUGUCAUUUGACUUUGACAGUGACAGACCGGCCAGUGCUGCCAGCGGGAAAAUGAAAAGAGUGCUGUCAGUUGAAAAAAAUGUAUCGAAAUAUUGGGAAUGUGGUGUUGUCUGUCGUGAUUUGAAAGUUAUGAAAUGGAAGGAUAGGGAAUAUUAUUUGGUUGCUAAGAAUUGUGGCGAAGUUCUGUGCUGCAGAAGAAUUCUGGGGACCGUCAAAGUGAAUACUUUUUGCAUUGCAAAUGACGCAUCAUCAGUGAAUUGCAUAGAGGUUUCUUUCCACGAACUGCCAUAUUUCUUAGCGGCCACCGAUACUGGAACUAUCAGUGUGUGUUCUCUAAUAGAAAACAGAGUUCUUCUAACAUUGGACUGCAGGAAUAUCCAACCGAGAGAAAUGGACAUGGAGAAGUACCGCUCCGACCACAAAGGUCGAUACAUCAGCAGUAGCACCGUUACCAAGAGCUCAAGGAUAUCAGUAACUUCUCUAUCCUGGUCCCACAUAAACCCUUGCUGUAUAUUCGCCUGCCUGCAAGAUGAGAGUAUGGUUCAAUGGGAAUUGUCACACAGCGAUAUACACGCCAAAUGGGCGGGCGACGCCGUGGCCAGCGCUUGUAUAGCGGCUGAUAGUUCACUUCGAGUUUCUCCAAGUUUAUUUUAUUUUGUCAGUCUUCUGAAAGUAGCCUUAGAAGAAGUACCGGCACUCUCAGAUAAUUUAAGAAAUGACGGAUAUGAUAGGACUGCAAACAAGGAGACGGAUUACCUGAUGGGUGUCGGAGAUUUGAGAUUUAGAGAUUGGGCUGAUAAGGGUGUCGGAGAUUUAGGAAUUGGAGAGGGAUGGUGGGAGGAUAAGGAUUGA